AUGGCGCCGGUCGUCGCUUCUGCCGUGGCACUCUUGGCUAUUGCCGGAGCUGUUGAUGCUAAACCAUUGUUAAAGCCUGGAAGGCAUGCCAACCCGCAUGUCGCCAGUGUAUUGUCUGCUUCCAAGAGAUCUUUACAUUCUCUCAUGGCCAGGUAUUACGGUACGAAACAUGGAUUGUCCAAACCACCCCCACUCCCCGAGAAGAGAGAUACCACUCUCCCAGCUGGAUGGUCAUACUUUGGUUGUGUUAGUGAAUCAUGGGAAGAGAGAUUAUUGCAAGGUUUUGCUUUUUCCUCAUCAUCUCUCACACCCCUUCUAUGUGUGACUCAGUGUACCAAACUGGGGUACACUUUUGCCGCUACUGAAUUUGGUGAUGAGUGCUACUGUGGCGACGAAUUCGUGGGGACCGGCGGUGGUCGAGCAGACGACACGACCUGUAACAUACCCUGUGAAGGUGAUACCAGUGAAGGAUGUGGUGCUGCUUGGUACUUGUCUCUUUACCAGUAUAACUCGAGUGAGCUCGCCUCAUGUAGUGGUGUUGUCACCACCGCUUCAGUGACAGCCACCCUUCCUACUGCUACUGAGGUCACAACCACUGUCGUCGAGAACGGUACCACCUCAGUCGGUAUCGUGACUGCCACUGCCAAUGCCACUGUUGCUGUCCCCACCGCCAAUGCUACCGAUGCUGUGUCCACCACCGCUUCUGCCACCACCACCGCUUCUUACCCAGUCUACACCGAUGCUUCCGAUGCCUCCGAGUGGUACUCUCUCGGUUGUGCCGUAGAUAGCGAUGAUCGACUUCUCACUGGUUCCAGCAAAGUCGGUUUCACCGGAAUGACCAUUGACAGCUGUCUCUCAUACUGUGAAGACGCCGGAUUCAAGUACGCCGGUGCCGAAUACGGUGACGAAUGUUACUGUGCCAACACCUUACCAGAAAACGUCCAAUACCACGAGGACUAUGCUUGUAACGUUGUUUGUGAUGGCAAUGCCACGGAAGCUUGUGGAGGUGGUUAUGCCUUGGAACUCUUCGAGUUGUUAUCAGCUGCCGGAAAUAGUACCGACUGCACGACCUCUUCUUCUUCAGUACCUUCAGGUGUCCUCAUCGCCACUGGUACUAAGACUGGAACUACCACCGCCGCCACUGCUGCCACGACCAAAGCUGCUACUACUGUAGCUAGUGGCACCACCCAGACUGCCGCUACCACCGUUUCGACCACUACUCAAACCGCGGCUGCUUCAUCAGAGUCUCACUAUGUUUGGGCUCACCACAUGGUCGGUAACACGUACCCAUACACCCAAUCUAACUGGGCUAGCGAUAUCUCUCAAGCCCAAGCUGCCGGUAUCGACGGUUUUGCUUUGAACAUGGGAUCUGAUUCAUGGCAAGUCGACCGAAUCAGUGACGCCUACUCUGCUGCUGGUUCUACCGGAUUCAAGCUUUUCCUCUCUCUCGAUAUGACCGUCCUAUCAUGUAGUAGUUCAAGCGACGCCAGCAACCUGGUCAACCUGGUCAAGAAGUUCUCUGGUCUUUCUGCUCAAGCUAAACACGAUGGCAAAGUCUUGGUAUCUACUUUCGCUGGAUCAGACUGCGGUAUCUCAUGGCAAAAUGACUUCGUCAGCGCUCUUGAGAACGCUGGUGUAUCCAUCUUCUUCGUCCCCAGUGUCUUCUCCGACCCAUCUACCUUCUCAUCCAACUCAUGGAUGGACGGUGAAUUGAACUGGAACUCUGGUUGGCCAAUGGGUUCAGCUGAUCUCGAUACUUCCUCCGACAAGAAAUACAUCUCUGCUUUAGGCGACAAAGAAUACUGGGCUGCCGUGUCACCAUUCUUCUUUACCCACUUCUCACCUGCUACUUGGAACAAGAACUGGUUGUACAAGUCUGACGAGUGGCUUUACGCUACCCGAUGGGAGGAUUUGAUCGCCAUGCGAGACCAAGUUAAGUCGGUUGAAAUCCUCACCUGGAACGAUUACGGAGAAUCAUCAUACAUUGGUCCUAUCGAAGGUGCUCUUCCUUCCGGCUCCGAGGUCUGGACCAACGGUUUCACUCACACUGCCUUGAACUCUUUGACUACCUACUAUGCCACUGCCUUCAAGACCGGUUCGUACCCCUCGAUCACCGAGGAUGAAAUCGUCAUGUGGGCCAGACCUCACCCUCACGACGCUACUGCCUCGUCUGACAGUACCGGUAGACCAACUGGAUGGAACUACACUGAGAAUUACCUUUGGGCUGUUGUCCUCGCUACUGCCGACUCUACAGUCACUUUGACUUCUGGUUCAAACACCCAGACAUUCCAGGUAUCAGCCGGUUUGAACAAACUCAAAUUGGCCAUGUCAGCUGGUUCAAUCUCCGGUUCCAUCUCCAGAUCAGGAUCGACCGUCGCUUCUUAUAACGCUGGUUCUGCUUUCACCUACACGACUACCCCUCAAACAUACAACUACAACUACUUUGUCGGAUCGAGCUCCUCAUAA